AUGUCACAGCCUACUACUUCAACAUGGGACAAUGUAGGCACAUCGCCUAUCACUCCAGCACAACUGAAAACUUUCCUGACGGAGGCACCUUUAAUGUACAAGAGCAAAUUGCAUCGAGGCGCCGAGAAGCAAAUCCUCACCAACUGUUAUCGGUCCUUAUGGAGCAACGAUGCUGACCUGAUGCAGAAAUACUUUUUCAAAGAGGGUCUCUCUGAUAGUGAUAAUUUGUCUCAAUUGCUUGAAAAAUACAAUCUCUUUGGCUCUGAACCUGAUGACCAUAUAGACGAUCAACUGCCAAACCAGCAAAAUUUUAGCAAGAGUGAUGAUAAUGAGCCAGAGUAUUGGGAAAGCCAACGAGGAAAGCAAUGCGGUCAUUUAUUCAAAAAGGGCGAAAGUGUCUAUCGUUGCAGAAACUGUGGGCUAGAUGACACGUGUGUUAUGUGCUCCAAAUGCUUUCAUUCAACAAACCAUGAUGGACAUGAUGUCAAAAUUUGGAUCAGCAGAGGCGCUGGUGGUUGCUGUGAUUGCGGUGAUCCAGAAGCAUGGAAGAUACCUCUCGUCUGUGCUAUCCAUUCACCCAAUACUGACUCAACUAUACCCGACACAUCGACGCACGCAUUGGAGCCACUCUUCUCUGUGCCUCCUGCCAUCAUGCAGUCUGUUCGCGACACCAUCACUGUGGUAUUGGACUACAUAUUAGAGACAUUCGCUACUUCACCCGAGGACGUAGUGUCUGUAGGCACUGUCGACUCCAUCAAGCAAGACUGCAUCGACUCACAUGAAGCACUAGGACUACCUAUUGAUGCACCCAACCAAACAUACGCCUGUAUUCUGUGGAAUGACGAAAAGCAUUCGUUUGAUAAUGUUAUUGAUAUCGUUGUGAACGCACUUGGAUGCACGAAAGAUGAGGCAGCCCACGCGGCAGAUUGCGUAGAUGUGUACGGCCGCCAUAUCCUCAAAGAGUCGUCAGAUAUAGCAGAGUUGAUUCGUAUCGCAGAAAUUGUCAGUUCCAUCAACCUUGCCGUAACCAUCUGCUCUUCUCAAAAAACGGUGCGCGAAGAGAUUUCAGGCUUGUUGUUGGAUUGGCUUAAAGAGUUGACAGGUGGUCGUUACAAGUUUUUUAACAAUGUGGAUGGGGGCAACUGCAUUAUUCGUGACAUUAUCUGUGAGGUAUUCUCAGCAGACUGGGCGCUUCGUCCGGAGCUUGCCGUACUAUCGACCCGGUACAGAAGAGAGAGAAUGGCAGAGGAUGAAGAUGACGAAUUUGACUUGGAAGGCGCGGAUGCGACGAUGGGCGACGACGAUGAAGACGAGGACAUGCUGUUUGGUGAAGACAUGGAUGAAAUCAACGAAGAAGAUGUACUCUUGGAUGAAGACCAACUCGACGACUUUUUCAACCGUCUACAAGCUGAAGAAAACGAAGACCAAGAGGAGGACGAUGACGAUGAAGAGGAGGAUGAGGAUUCAGACGAAUACUAUGAUACAGAUGGUUCCAUUGCCCUUGAACAGGACAACGAUACGCACACUCGGCCUGAAUCCGGCCCUCAAGAUAUGAUGGAAACUGACGAUACCAACAGCAGAGAGGCAGCACUAUCAUCACAUCAUGUGGAACCUACUCCCAGCCAGUUGUCCAGAAGGAGACAGAGCGAUGCACCAAAUCAACCUUCCUUAUCUUCCAGCAAUCAAGGUCGCAAUGCCGAAGUACUUAAACGCAGACGCUUAUCAAACUCUUCUCAAUCCAAAUCCGGCUCUUCUUCCAAAACGCACAAGCCUCGAGAUAUUUUGGAUAUCGAUUGGAACCUGGACGCUUGGCUUGAGCACACUGAAAAACUAGAAAAUGAGGAGCGAGAGAUCACUCAAAGCCUGCGCAUUCCCAACUCAAAUACUGCUGCCAUCACCACAGAAGAAGAAAUUGCCACUGCACGCCUUGUCAAUGCGCAAUUGAAAAAGGAAUUUAGACGUAAAUUGCGUUUGGAUUAUCUGCUGCAAUUCGAUCUGCGUUUAUGGAAGACGGCCCGUGUUAGCAUCAAGGAUCUGUUGAUUGGCACUUUCAUCUCCAACUUUCAGUACAGACCUGUACUUGGCACUCGAUUUGCUCGCAAUUACCCGGAACUCGUCGAUGCCUUCUUCUUCAAGGACAGAGAACCUGAAAACUCGGUUAGCACCUUGUCAGUUCAACUUUUGACGGUGCCUACAGUGGCAUCCAUGCUGGUCAAAGAGUACAAGUUCUUUGGCAUUGUGUGCUCUAUUCUAGAGAACUUCUUCUUGACAGAUCACAUCCACAUGAUCCUGCCUGAAGAAUACUCUCGUGCUCAAGUGGAUUGCUCCUCACGCGCCAUUGGCCGUCAUCGCUAUGCCUACACCAUCUUUGACUUGAGAUACGUGAUGAAUGCUGAGCAAGUCAAGGUGGAGAUUGCCAAGAACCCACUGUAUCUUCGUCACUUUCUGGACAUGCUGUAUCAGUUUCAGGAAAUGGACGCCCUGAAACGAAAAUCCGACAUGCACGUGGAAUUCGAGUCGCAAUCCUGGGUCACUGCCUUUAACAUGACACUGCAGACGUCCAAGCUGUGUCGUCUGUUUGCUGGCUGUUUUGAGUCGAGUGAGAUCACCAUGGCCGAAGCCUCUCGCAACCUCUGUCGAUCCAUUUACCGUGUGCUGAAGGAGAUUGCUGAGUGGAAGCCUGUCCUGGUACCUCGUAAAGUGGGUGAGACGGAGCUGCCUGAAACAAGAAUUGCCAUCAAGAGUUUGGCUGAGCAGGAGUUCCAUCAAGUCGGUACAAUGAACACUGGCAACUACGAGAUUGUGAAAUACGACAUCACUUCCGGUCCCGUCUCUUUCCACCAUCCUUUCCAUUGGUUGUUGUCAGAGCUGUUUGAGAAUGUGUCUCUUUUGCAUCAAGGUGUGCUGAAUGAACUCGGCUGGCUGGGAGGAUUCAAGCAAAUGGUCAACGACGCCUUUGACAGUAAAGAUCAUGACAUGUUCCUCAUGGUAUUGGAGUAUCCUAUCAGAACCAUUGCACUGCUGUCACAGAUCAACUGUGGUGUUUGGGUCAGAAAUGGCUACAGUAUUAGAAAUCAGGCUCAUUCAUACAGGGAUGUCAAUGUUAGGGAAAGCACGCUGGAUUGCGACAUUUACUUGUUGCAAGUGGGCCUCACUGUCUGUGAUAGCAACCAAAUCUUGUUAACAUUGAUGGAUCGAUUCCAGCUGAUGGACUGGUUCAGAGGAAAGUCCCACAAGCACAGCUGCUAUGACUCCAGCCAAAUGGUAUACAUGGUGGAAGACUUUCUCAACUUGCUCAUCAUCUGUGCGACAGAGCAUGGCUAUGCUUCAGGCACAAAGAUUGAAGACCGCGUGCGUCAAUCCAUCAUUCAGUAUCUGGGUAUCUCCAGCAUGGCCUACUCUGAACUGCUGAAGCUUGUGCCUGAAAGUCUUUCAGAACACGAGUCCUUUGAGACCCAACUCAACACCAUUGCCAACUUCAAGGCGCCCGACGGUUUAAACGACAAGGGACUGUACGAGAUCAAACCUGAAUACGUGGAUGAAAUUGAGCCUUAUUUCUGGCAUUACACUCGUAAUCAACGCGAAGAAGCACAAAACGCACUAAAGAAGCGCUGGAACCAACUGCAUCCUGACCAAAAACUGAACGAUAAAGAAGAGUUCUUGUUGAUACCACACAGCAAGCGCAUUGACGUGGGUCCAUUCAGACACUUGGGCAAGUUUUUGCAUUCACACGUUCUCUGUCAAAUCAUUGCCUAUGCUCUUUGGGAGUCUAAAUUCCACAAGGAGUCCAAGAGUGACACCAUUCUGGAUGAAGCACUUUAUCUCGGCAUGCUUGCUGUGACAGAUCCCAAUAGUUCAGCCAGUGAACUCGCUGCCAUGAACGUCAAGGGCAAAUACAGAGCAGAUGUCGCUAUUGACGAAGCCAACACCAAACAUUUCAUUGACUUUGCCGAAAGUGAUGAGUACGCUAUUCAAAUCAAUGAAAUUGAAAAGAUACACGCCUCCUUGCUGCUGAUCCUCUUGCGCUGCUUGGACGAUGCCGAUUUAUCACAUGCACACAAACGUCUCGGCUUUAUCGUGGAUAAAAUGGAAGUGCACUGUUCUGCUGCUGCCAAGGAAGUCAUCAGCGAUUGGAAAGAGAGAAAGUCAAGAGAAACUAAGGCUGAAAUGGAACGCUCGGGAGGCGGUAAUGUCUCUGAUUAUGAGCGCAAAAAGGCUGCUGCUAAAGCCAGACAAGCGGCUAUCAUGUCUCAGUUUGCCAAUGCACAAUCCAAGUUUAUGGAGCAACAUGCUGAUCUAUACAAGACUGAAGAAGACGAGGACGUCGAAGAAGAUACCAAGGAAGCGUAUCAAGACAUGCCUGUCGGCAGUAGCGAACUUGCCGCUGAAGACGAUCUCGAAAUUGUGCGCAAAUGCCACUUUCCUACUGACAAUUGUAUCGUCUGUCAAGAAGAACUGGACGACACCAAACUGUACGGUAUGCUUGGCCUUAUUCAACAGACCAACAUUCAACGUCUGUCACCAUUGAACAACAAGGAGGUUUUGGCUGAUGUCUUGGAGAGUAGUCAACAGGCGAAUCCUUGGGCUCCGCGACCCGAGAAUUCUGAAAAGACGCCUCUCUUCAGUGGAUUCCCUACGGAUGCUCAUGUUGCUGGCUUGGAUAUCUCGUCUUGCGGUCAUCUCAUGCAUUCCGAGUGUUUUGAUACAUAUCAACAAUCUGUGGAAAAUCAGUUCCUAGGUGAGAUUGGUGGUAGAAUCUUCCCCUUGUCCAUUUCUCCCAAAAGUCGAUUCCUUUGUCCUCUGUGCAAAGCAUUAGGUAAUGUAUUGGUGCCUAUUGUGUGGAAGGGCAAGAAAGAAGCGUAUCCAGGUGUGAUGGUGCCCUCGACUCCUUACGCCGAUUUGAGAAAGGCCAUCGACGAUGCAGCUACUGAUCUCAAGAAGAACUUCAAGCAGUUCCCCGGCGCGUUUGAUGAAGAACCUCCUUUUGUGAACAACGAUCCUGACUUGGUGAUCAGCGAUCAAGAUAAACUGAAGCACAUUUACAAUCAACUGAUUAAGGUGAUGCACGUUACCCUGAAUCCCAAGUCUGAAAGAUGGACUUUGUCCAAUUCGAUCCAAAACUUGCUAGACAUGUAUGCCUAUACAAUUGCUGAUUUUGAGUUAGCUCAACGUGGCACUGAAGGCACUCGCGCCAGAGAUCUCACAGUCGAGCAUACAGGCACCUUCAUUGACGACAUCUCCAGCACAUCACAGACGCUUUUAAAGAUACUUGGCAUGACAAACCUGUUGAUCCAAAACUUGAUGAAUUCACCAUGGGCAGCAGAAGACCGGUUCACAAAGGAGAGAUUAGCACUGCAAGCAUUAAAUCAGUUCAUUCCCAACACAAGCACUCAUCUGAUAGACGAUAUGGUGGAAGCCGAUCAUUUGAAGCCCUUGCUGGUAGACGACUCGUUUAAAGCGUUGGUUCGCUUGAGUUUCUCCACUGCUGAAGCACCUUCUGUUGAGGUCCAUCAUUUAUUGCGCUCAAUGUACCUUGCUGAACUGGCCAAGACCAUCGUUGUGAUUGUCCGUAGUGUUUUGGACGGUGAGAAGGUGAUCAAGGAUGCUCACAUCAGCGGACUCUUGCAGACACUCAAUGCAGAAAAGCAGCAAUUCACUGGUGCCGAAGGAGUCCAUCAGUUUGCCAACUACGUGCUUGGACUCUUGAAGGUACCUCAAGCAUCCAUUGACGCCUUCUUCCAACGUAUCAAUCCCGGUGCACUGGUCGCUAUUGUGCGCACCUUUGUCCUUCCGUUUUUGCGUAAAUCGCUUAUGUUUAUGGUUGUGCAUCAUGGCUUUAUACCUCAGAAUCCAUUGGACGACAUGGAAGAAAAGAGUGAGUUUGACAACCUGUUGGAUAUACUGAGAUUGCCUGCCCUGGAUACCGUGUUUGACUUGCAACCCUUUGAACAAGAUCUGAUCAAUGGCUGGUGCCAAGACUACGUUACGCAUGAAUCACCCAACAUAUCGCUCCACUUACCAACGCAAUACAGAAUGGCUCACCUUCCUUACAGAUUGGAUCAGUUACUGGAUGAAAGCUCAAAACGUGUCUGCAGAAAGUGUAAAACAGUGCCAGAGCAUUCUGCCAUCUGUCUGAUUUGUGGUACUUUUGUUUGCGCUCGUCGUUUCUGUUGCACUGAAGAUAGCAAAGGAGAAUGCAACAUACAUAUGAAGAGCUGUGGUGGUGAAAUUGGUAUCUUUAUCAUGAUCAAAGAUUGCUUCUUAUUGCUGUUGCAUGACAAUGGGGGAAGUAUCAUGAAUGCACCUUAUUUGGAUAGUCAUGGUGAAGCAGACAUUUUUUUCAAGCGUGGUGCCCCUCAAUAUUUAAAUGUGAAGCGAUACGAACAAAUUAGACAAAUGUGGUUGAAUCAAUCGAUACCAGCAUUUGUAAGAAGACGAAUGGAAGUAGCUUACAGUGUCACUGUUUGGGAAGCAUUUUAA